AUGCCUGAGCCGCGGCAGAGCCUCCUUCUCGACGACGUCCCAGUCCGUCAGCAACAGAAACAACAUGACCUCCCGCCCGUGCCGCCGCCAGCAGGCUACACGCGCCUCACCAACCGCGCCCUGAUCUCCAUCGCCGGCGCGGACAGCACGUCCUUCCUGCAGGGCAUGGUCACGCAGAACAUGCUCAUGGGCAAGGAGCCGGUUCGUGCGCCGCGGCGAACCGGGUGCUACAGUGCCUUCCUGAACGCGCAGGGCCGGGUCCUCCACGACGUGUUCAUCUAUCCUAUGCCGCCGGGCAGCAGCAGCAGCAGCAGCAGCAGCAGUGACGGCGCUGCGAGUGGCGAUGAUCCGGCCUGGCUGAUCGAAGUCGACAAGGCGGAGGUCACGAACCUGCUGAAGCACCUGAAGAAACACAAGCUGCGCGCGAAAUUCACCAUGCGCGCGCUCGACGACGGCGAGCGAUCGGUCUGGGCGUCGUGGAACGACGAAGCGGAGCCCCGAUGGGCGGCGUACAAUCUCGAGUCGGACCUCCCCUCUCCCUUCUCGCCGUCUUCGCCGAUCGCGGGCUGCGUCGACACUCGAGCUCCUACGUUGGGUUCGCGCUUCGUGACGCCAGGGACGGACGACUUGCGCACGCAUUUCCCGGACGAAUCCAAACUGCCGGGGAAGGAGGUUCCAUUGGCGACGUAUAAUUUACGGCGGAUCCUGCACGGCGUGGCAGAAGGCCAGGGGGAGAUCAUUCGCGAAUCAGCGCUGCCGAUGGAAUGCAACAUGGACAUGAUGCAGGGGAUCGAUUUCCGCAAGGGCUGCUAUGUCGGGCAGGAAUUGACGAUUCGCACCCACCAUACCGGUGUCGUGCGCAAGCGGAUUUUGCCGGUGCAGCUGUAUAACGGCGGCCAGGAUGCGGCGCGGUUUAUCGAGACGCCGGUGUAUGAUCCGACGACGGAGCUUCCUCUGCCGCCCAGCGGUGCGAAUAUCUCGCGAGUCAGUGCGCAAAAGGGCCGCAGUGCGGGGAAGUUUCUCGGGGGAGUUGGCAAUGUCGGGUUGGCGCUGUGCCGGCUGGAGAUGAUGACGGACAUCGUACUGACGGGGGAGGGGAGCCAGUACAGUCCGUUGCAGGAGUUCAAAGUGUCGUGGGACGACGGUGUGGAGGAAGGGACUCCCACUCCGCAUGCUGCGUCGGAGGGCGAGGUCAAGAUCAAGGCGUUGGUGCCGCCAUGGGUCAGGGAGUAUAUUCUGGCCGGAGGAGCGAGAAACUCCAACUCGAGCGAGGGUCUGCGGGCGCGCGACAUGGUGGAGCAGUUGGAGGAGGAGGCAGCAGACCGGGAGAGAAGUUGA